CAGAUCUCUCUCAAGUAUAAUCUUUUUCGUGCACCUAUCAAUAGGUUUUCCUAGAAUAUCUGUUGCAUUCUAAACAAGCAGUCAGCUGUCAGUACACACUUGUCAGAAUGCACUUCGCUUCGAUCAGCACCGUCUUCACGCUCGCAAUACUCAUUUCCACUGUUCAUCCUCUGGCUGUCGCUACCCAAGAGAAGCCAUGUCCCACAGUUACUUCGACAACGACACACUGCAGCACUUGUCUGAGGGCUUUGUGCCUGAUUGAGUCGACGAUAACGCCGCAAGUGGGAUGUGCAGCAGCAGUUCCAACGGUAUAUACUGGCUUCCCAUGUUGUGGUCCAUGUCCUGGAGGAUGCGGGACCAUAUACAUCACGCAGAGCAAAGAGCCAACGACACCGGCCCCUGCAUCGCCAACUAGCUGUGUCCCUACCGUCACGGUAACGACGCAUCCUGGCAUCAGCGAAGGCUGUAAAUUCUACUGCUCCAGCGGAUUUUGCAUAGCCGAUUGUGAGCGACCCAAAAUAGCACGCGCGAGUGAAGCCUCCAUCUUAUGAUUCGUCGCCACAGACUUCGUGACCCUGCCUUGUGGUUGUUCACAAGCCGCAGGCGUCGUCACCAAGACGGUCACCGCUUGUGCAGCAUCGAGUCCAUGUUGGAACUGUCAAACUGGAUUUCCAUUUACAACCACGGCCACGGAUUGUCCAGCGUCGACGAGCAA